AUGACCGGCGAAAUAGAGCAAAACGGUUGCAUUUCAAAAAAACAAAGAAGGAUAAGAAAGCCAGCUUCUUCUUCUUCAGCUGCUGCUGCUGCUGCUGCUUCAACUUCCCAACAAAUAUUUCAACACACUCUCUCAUUUCUUCAAUUUCCGUUACGUAAAGCCACUUUCUCAAACCUCAGUUUCCUGUUGUUGUGGUUGAAGUUGGUGAGAGACGAAUCUUGGGGAAUUUUGGAUCUGUUUGCCGUGAAACCCUAAUUUCUUGCUUGUGAGGCUUUGGAAAUUGGGGUUCUGGUUAGAUGGAAGCUGAGGAUGGAAGUAGCAACGGUGAUAAUGGUGAAGGGGUUGGGUUGGAUCGGAGGUUGGGUUCUGAAGAUGGAGAUAAUGGGGGGAGAAUUUUAGGUGGAAGUGGUGUUGCAGAAGGCGAAGAAGAUCGGGGCUUGAAGGAUAGAGCUGUAAGUUAUGGGGUGGCAAUUGGAGGUGAAGAAGUUCAGGAUCUGAAGAAGGAAGCUGUAGAUAAUGGGGUGGCGGUUGAAGGUGGAGAUGGUCUUGCUGAAGGUGAAGAAGUUCAGGACUUGAAGAAUGAAACUGUAAAUAAUGGGAUGGAAACUGAGGGUGGAAAUGGUGUUGCUGAAGGCGAAGUUUGGACCUUGAAGAAUGGCGUUAUAAAUAGUGGGGUGGCAAUUGCUGAUGGGAGUGCUGCUGCUGAAGAUGGAGAGGUUUCAGGCUCAAAGAAUGAAGUUAACGGGGUGGCAUUUGCUGAUGGGAAUGGUGUUACUGAACAUGGAGAAGUUUGGGGAUCAAAGAAUGAAGCUGUAAAUAAUGAGGUGGCAAUUGUUGAUGGGAAUGGUGUUGCUUACAGUGGAGAAGUUCAUGGCUCAAAGAAUGGAGCUGUAAAUAAUGAGGUGGUCAUUGCAGAUGGGAAUGGUGUUACUGAAGGUCAAGAGGAUCACUGCUUGAAGAAUGAAACUGUUAAUAAUGUAGUGGCAAAUGCAGAUGAAGGGAACUCUGGUGCAGUUGAGUGUUUUCAAACAUACAAGAGGCGCAAGCAUGCAAAGUCAAGUUCAGAAUUUAAAGUCCAGGAGAACAGCAGAAAACAUAUGGGAGCUGCAAGUCAACUGUUGGUACAGGCGGUGAAGAAACCAUUUGAUUUAGCUGUUGGCAACACUUCAAAAGAUCAUUCACAUGACCAUUGGGGGAAUGUUGUACUAAAGCAUUUAUAUCAUUCAUUAGGCAAUGACAAUGGUGGCAUGAAGUGGUGUAUAAGGGAAGCACUCAUGAGCUGUCCUAAAAUUAGUUGUGCCCCUACAAUGAAGGAAACUCUUAAAAUUGUCAAAGAUGGUCAGGAGUGCUCUCCGCAAUUAGAAAGUUUGUUUUAUAGAUUACAGAGUGAAGCUAAUGGACAUGAAAAUGUUGUGCACAACGGAUUUUCUAGUGAGUCAAAUGGCCGUGAUACAACUGAGGGGUGCCAGCGUGUGUUCCGCGAUAUCUUAGCCUCUGAAAAGUUCAGUUCAUUAUGUAAAGUGCUACUUGAAAAUUUCCAAGGAACGAAACCUGAAACUGUAUUUGACUUUAGUUUGAUAAACUCAAGGAUGAAGGGGCAAGCUUAUGAACAAUCGCCUACACUUUUCCUAUCUGAUGUUCAACAGGUUUGGCGAAAGCUUCAAAGUACUGGAAAUCAGAUUGUUGCUAUGGCCAGGAGUCUCUCCAACAUGUCAAAAGCUUCCUUCUGUGAGCAGGUGGGAAUUUCAGCGCAGAGUUCCUUUGAAGAUGAAAAGGAAGUGCUCUGUAACCAGGAAUCCAUCUCUCACAUGAAACCAGAGCAGACAGUAGAAUGUGUUGCAUUCAGACUUGGCACUUGCUGGCAUUGUGGAGACAAAGCAGAUGGGACAGACUGUUUGGUUUGUGAUUCAUGUGAGGAGAUGUAUCAUCUGUCCUGUAUUGAGCCUGCUGUGAAGGAAAUACCCUACAAAAGCUGGUUCUGUGCCAAUUGUACUGCUAAUGGAAUUGGAUGUCGACACAAGAAUUGUGUGGUGUGUGAACGGUUGAAUGCCCUGAAGACCCUGGAUGAUAUUGUUGGUGAGGAAAACAUCCCUACAAAUGAGGAAACACUGAAUGAAUUAGAAGAGAAUUCAAAUUGUACUUAUGAUGGGAUUCAAAUUUCCACAGAUAGGAGAAACUCAUCCGACUGCAAAAUUUGUAAAAUGGCGGUGGAUGGUGAAAAAGUAAAAAUCUGUGGUCACUCUUUUUGCCCUAGUAAAUACUACCAUGUAAGUUGUUUGUCAAGUAAGCAGCUAAAGUCAUAUGGUCACUGUUGGUAUUGCCCUUCUUGUAUAUGCCAAGUUUGCCUCACCGACAAAGAUGACAAUAAGAUUGUACUCUGUGAUGCCUGUGAUCAUGCAUACCACGUCUACUGUAUGAAACCUCCACAAAAUUCUAUUCCGAAAGGGAAAUGGUUCUGCAUAAAAUGUGAGGCAGGGAUACAGGCAAUACGCCAGGCAAGAAAGGCGUAUGAGAGUAACAAAGGGAAAGUUGGUCAGAAUGAUUCAAAGCCAAAUGAAGAUAUUGACAAGAAAUGGAACAAAAAGCGAGGACGGGAAUUAGACAAUGUUGGAGGAAUGAUGGACAUGCUUAUAACUGCUGCAAAUACUCUGAAUUCUGAAGAGGACUUAAAUGCAAUGCUGAUUGACUCAAAGAAAGCAUUAACAUGAGGGCGUGUGUGCUAACUGCUAAUACCUAAUGUUUUCUAUUUCCUGCAUUUGUUUAAGUCUUUAGAUAACUGAUUUUGUUACCGUUGGAGAGAAAGGAUUAUAGAGGCCAAGGAGCAAAAAGCAUCAAUAGAAAAAAAACUGUGAUAAGUGAAGUAUGGGAUAUUUUGCAGGCCAGAUACUGAUGCAAUAUGUGGUUGAUAUGAAAUUUAAUAGGUUGCUUUGCUCCCUGCAGUAUAUAAUGUUUUGGAUUGUCAUGAUUACUUAAGCGAAGACUUCAAAUUAGAAUAAUAUCGAUUUCCAAUUUGUGGAUAAUCAAAAGGGAUGAUGUUUUACCCUUUAGAUUUCAAUGUUUCAGUGCCAAUUUUGCACAAGCCUUGAACAGUAUUCUGUUCUUGAUUUUCUUAUCCGUUCAAUGAAUGACUCUGGGAGUGUUUGAAA